GAUCAAAGCACCAAGCACCAGAUCAACUUCUUUACUCAAGACUUAUAUAUCAAAGAAAUUUGACAAAGAACUCUUCAAGAUGGGUUUCUCCAAGAUUUUGACAGCAAGUCUUUUUGCUGGACUUCUCUCUGCACUCCCACUCAACUCUGCUCCACUCAUUGAGCGAAGUGUCAAUUCUUUAGCUUCCUUGAAUGGCACUGCUGGAGUUCCUCACUUCGGUAACGAGAAUGGUAACUUCAUGCCUGCCAAGAAAGAGUUCUCUACUUUGGCCACUGGGGGUGUUGUCCAAGGCUCCCUUGCAGUAAACUCCAUCGUCAACGAAGAUGGUAUUGGCGAAGGUUCAGAUACCUACAGACGAUACACUGGGGAUGGUGGUCCUGAAGCUGGUUGGUAAGUGAUAUAUAUUCCCUUGCAGAAUUCAAAUCCGUUUGGUGGCCCAAGUGUCGUGUGGACUUUCACACCCUCAGUUAGGUGCACAUUACACAAAACAAGAAUGAUUACUGAUCUUGUAAUCUCACAGGCCAGCUAUGAAUCAAUGGGUAAGCUUCCGCGCUAUGUUCGACAACAACAAAGUCCUCAUGUUCGGAGCUUGCGGAUGGAACGCAUGGGGUGCGGGUGAGUUUCCAUUUUCUCUGAGCAGUGGUCUUCAAAACUUUGAUUUCUUUUACUACUCAUCCAUCUCAGAAGGAGUUUACUAAUUUUGACCAUGUAGACGAUAGUGGACCAGAGGUCGGAGCGAUCUACAAUGCUAUCCAGCAGGUAGCCCAAGAGACCAAGGUUGAUCAUCGCUUCAUUCUCGCUACAAUCAUCCAAGAAAGCGGUGGUUGUGUUAGAGUCCCCACCACCAACAACGGAGUCCGAAACCCAGGACUGAUGCAAUGCCACAACGGUGAUGGAACUUGCCACAGCGACAUCACUGGACAAGUUCAGUUUCCAUGCCCUGAUGGAGUUGUAAGUAGCUCAGCCAAUUACUCUUGAAUAUAUUCUAACAUCAGAAAAGAUUACUCAGAUGGUCAGAGAGGGAACAGCUGGUACCAGAAACGGAGAUGGACUCGCUCAAGUUAUCAACCGUAUGUUUCCUACCAAUCACCCACAAGUUUACAAUGCUAAUUCGUAACAGAAGCCGUAUCAACUGGUGGAUGGGGCUCCCGUGCUUUCUAUAUUGCUGCCAGGUUGUAUAAUUCAGGUUCCGUCAACCAAGGCAACAUGAAUGAUCCAGUGGGAGCUACUCCAUGCUAUGUCAUGGACAUUGCCAACCGCUUGACUGGGUGGACAUUGGCUGCCUCUCAAUGUGGCUUGUAAGAAGGAACAACAGUUUUGGUAAAUUGGAAGUGACGAUAAUGUGUUAUGAAA